CACCGGUCUGUCCGAAAACUCGCCUGAAAGAAAACAGAGGAGCGACGCCACUGUCAGUGAAGCUGUAUCGCAGCACUGAAAUCGACUGCAGGCUUUCUCUCUCUGUGUUCUUUUACUUUUUCAUUGACUGUCAGCAACGUAUAUCUUUGGCCAGAGCUCCGUCUGGUGGACGUGAAACGGCAGCAUGGACCCACGGAAAGUGGCAGAGCUGAAGGGCUUCGUGCAGCUGUGCGAGUCUAAUCCCGGGAUCCUGCACCUUCCAGAGAUGGGCUUCUUUCGGACGUGGUUGCUGGAGAUGGGUGCAACAAUCCCUCCACCACCCAAGACAGGGGACUCGUGCCAGGGUGGCUGUCCUUGUGGCCCUCCCCCCACUGCAGCUUCACCUCCUGAGCCCGAGCCCGCUGUGCCGUCUGAAAGCGAGGAGAGUGAAAUAGAGAUUGACAAAGAAGGAGUGAUCGAGCCGGACGCUGAUGAGCCGCAGGAGAUGGGCGAGGUUCAAGAGGUUGAGGUCACAGAGGAAAUGAUGGACCAGGCCAAUGAGAAGAAGAUGGAGGCCAUUAAUGCUCUGGGAGAAGGUGAUCUGCAGAAAGCUCUGGAUCUUUUCACUGAAGCCAUCAAGCUGAACCCCUGCCUUGCCAUCCUGUAUGCCAAGAGGGCAAGUGUUUACAUCCAGAUGCAGAAACCCAAUGCAGCCAUAAGAGACUGCGACAGAGCCAUCAGCAUCAAUCCAGACUCGGCACAGCCUUACAAGUGGAGGGGGAAAGCUCACAGGCUGCUGGGUCACUGGGAGGAGGCAGCCAAGGACCUGGCUACAGCUUGUAAACUGGACUAUGAUGAGGAUGCCAGUGCAAUGCUGAAGGAGGUCCAGCCAAAGGCUAACAAAAUCAUGGAGCACAGACGCAAAUAUGAGCGCAAGAGGGAAGAGAAGGAGAUCAAGGAGAAACAAGAGCGGAUAAAGAAAGCCAGAGAGGAGCACGCACGGGCUCAGAGGGAAGAGGAAGCACGACAGGCCGGAGGAGGAUUCUUCCCAGGCCCCGCUGGAUUCCCAGGCGGAGCUGCUCCCGGCAUGCCUGGUCUCGGUGAAUUUCUGAAGGAUCCCGAGCUGCUCAAUGCCAUGAAGGAUCCUGAGGUGAUGGCUGCCUUCCAGGAUGUCGCGCAGAACCCGGCCAACAUCGCCAAGUAUCAGAACAACCCCAAAAUCAUGGCCCUGGUCACCAAGCUGAGCUCCAAAUUUGGAGCCUCUCCACAGCCGUAGAUGGGACGAGUACCAAAACGGAGAGAGUGGAUAAGUGGUGAAACAAUCUGGAGAGCAACGCUUUUCAACAAUUAUUCACUGUGUAUAGUUCAAACAGGGAAUCAGGUGACGGGUUAACUGGUGUGAUGUAGAAGAAGGUUUUAAAAUGUUCUUAAUCCGGCUGUUAGCAUUUAGCAACAUGUCAGUGAAGUAACCUGGUGGUUAGGAAUGAGGUCUGAUACUUAUACACCCCCUCCAACACGUCUCACGCCGGGAAUUUACUUCACCACAGGUUGAAGUUUACUAACCUGUUAUGAACAGCCAAACCGGGAGCCUCCUGCAUUAAGACAUUAGCUUUCAAAUAUUUCUACAGCUGUUUAAUACUUGGUUUGGUUUAGCUACUGGUUUCUUUCUUUCUUUCUGUGCACAGAGCUGAACUCUCACACCACUCUGGGCGCUCCUUGUUAUCAGAUGUAUUAUUCUAAAAGGAAGAGUGUUGAACAUGUUUGACCCUGUUGGAAAAUAAUUCACAAUAAUAAAAGCUCUGUUACUGCAAAUCA